AGCUGCUCUCUUUGCUCAGACACACGUCGAGCGAAGACUCGUAUUUGCUGGUCACACCUCCUGCGCUCUUACUCUGUCAUACAUUAACCAUUCCUUCCUUAUAAUAAUCACCGAGAGGUGAUCUUUGACAUUUGUCCUUGUGGAGUUGCUGAGUGUACUUCAGUUUCCUCUCACCUCCAGAGUCCAGAGGACGCUCCUGGCAGAGGUUCCUCAGCUCAGCUCGCAGGCACAGCUGGUCGGAUGACACUCGCCUCGCAAUGGCAGACAGAGGGAGCCAAGUCUUCGGGGACGGCCAGUCCCCCAGCAGCAACGGCACCGAGGCAGGUGGCAUGUUCGGCACCAUCAGGAAGAGUUUCCGUCAGGUCAUAGAGAAGAGCCCGAUCUCACCAAAGAACUUGGUAGGAAAGCUCAAAACAGACGCCAACACCAGCGACUCAGCGCGUCCAGACGCUCCACCAUCACCUAGUCCAAGUACCGGCUCUACGCUCAGCUCACCACUGAGGGGUCUGAGUCGCUCCAGAACAGAUCCCAACAUAGCUGCGUUCAGUGAUAUUAUGCAGAAGAAAGGAGCGUUCAUCCGGAGAAGCCUGAGAAUGAGCAAAAACAAGAGUAAAGAAAAGAGCCCCAGACCGGAGUCGGUCACCGAGGAGUGUGAACUGGCGAAGGCAGUGGCAGCAGAGGAGGAGGCAGAGGAGGAGUUGGAGGAGACCUACACGCUGCCCGAAAUACCCACCACGCCUUUGUCAGUGAUGCAGAUCAACAAGCUGAUCGAGAUGGAGGUGCUGGAGGAGGCACACCUCAAUCUCUUGGCGCUGAGACUUGAGUUCCAGCAGGAGUGGAAGAGCUGUGGAGGCGGUGACUCCACCGUGGAGUUUGCAAAGAAGGAGAAGGACCUGAACCUUUUAUACGGGGAGCUGAGGAACAAAAUCAACACCAUUGUUCGCGACUCGAACUCCUUGCCGUCUAGGAAUAAGGGUCUGCUGGUGCACGUCGCUCGCAUCAUCCAGGAGGAGGACAGAAGGUCUCAGGAGGCGGGUGGGCUUCCAGGGAGCUGGAUGGAGGCCUGGAAGGAGGCCGUGUGCGAGGGGGUGAAAGCCAAGGUGAAGAAUGUCCACUUGGAGCAGAGUGAACACAACGCCUCCUGGCUGUCUGUGCACUUGGGGCUGCUGGGGAGCGCCAUCGUCCAGGAUCUAGAGAAUGUGAAGCGUGACCUGAGUGGGUCCUACCCACCGAGCUUCAGCGUCUUCAGCACGUAUGUGAGCAGCUACAACAGCGUUAUAGGUCAACAUGUGAAGACUCUGGAGCAGCAAGCCACGGAGCUGAAGGACCUUUACGCUCUGCUGGACUGGAUCAUUCACCGGUACCAAAGCGAGAAGAUCAUGGGAAGUAUUUCUCUCCAGCCGAACAUGAAGAAUGAGAGCGCAGAGAUAACGCUGGAGGAGAACUUCCUUCUGCAGCUGAGGGAGAAGUACUGCAGCCGGGUGAAGGUUGACCUGAGAGCUUGUCUGGACAGAGUCAUCCGGAGCGAAAGUGAUGAGGUGUGGGCCAAUAGAAUGAGACCUGCCACAGACGAGAACUACCUGGAUUCGCAGUUCCACAUGGACUUGUGGACGAACAUAAAGGGGCGCGUGCGCAACUCUCAGACGAUUGACCCCGAACUGGGUCAACAAGUGGCCGCUUCCAGUCUCUCGGAACUGAAGGAUUUCCCCAAGAGGUUUGAGUCUGAGUUCCGAAGUCACUGCUCCGCUCUGAAACACGAGCCUUUAUGGACUGACUAUCAGAUCACUUACAUAAACAGCUUCACCGCUUUACAGGAGCACAUGGAGGAGUACCAGAGCAUGAGUCCGCUGCAGAUGGAAGGGUUGAAGAGAGAGGUGAAGUGGUUGAUCACGCGCCUCCUGCAGGACAUGGAAGACCAGUUCAAGGAGGAUGUGAAGCCGUUCCUGAGGAGGAUGAUGACCAGGAAGUGGCUGACCAACGAUGAUGACUUUAAGAAGCUGGAGUCUCGAACGGCGCGGCUUGGUGACCACUGCUCUGUGAUGAGGCCUCCACAUGCACAAGAGUUGGCAAGUCGCCUGCACUUCCACGUGGUGAAGGAGUAUAUCGGCCAGUUGAUGAAAGGCAACUACUCCUGCAAGAACCGUAAACACGAGGCUGCAGCCAAAAAGAUCCAGCAGCAGUGGGUCCAACUGGUGAACCUCUUCGAGGACAUGAACUCGCCUCACGAAUGGCUGCACCCGGUGGGGCACGACCUGAGCAACGUCAUCAAGCAGAAAAACAAGGCCGACAUCAAGAACCACCUCCAGCCUCUGGUGGAGCACUACCCCGACUUCAGCAGGAAGAACCUGGUGGCGCUUCUGCAUUUCCGUGGCUUGAUGCGUGGACGGGAGCAUCAGAGCAUCCUUCAGAAGCUCUCGGAGCUGAAGAGGAACGUGAACCCGGCGGAGAUCAACAAGCACCAGGUGCUGUUCAGCGACAUGCUGGUGUCAGUCAACACGGACUGUCUGUCCAACCUGCCCUUCUCCUGCCUCAGCUUCCUGCUCCCAAGCUAGACGUGUGGAUACCGUACCAUCGAUGUGAACUAGCGUGUCACGAGUGCCUCCCCCCUAAACUGUUUAGUUUCUAUGAUCUUCUCUCCAUGUAAAAGCUGCUUUCUUGUUCACCGUGUCUUCUGGUUGGAGGAGUGAGGCACUGUUUUCUGCUCCUCUGAGAAUGAAAUGUCAAACCACCAAGGCUGCCAAUGUAAAUAAAAAGCUCUUUAAACACCUUCAGUCCUAUUGAUCAAAAGAAAGUUGAAUCUGUUCACACGAGCUUAAAUGUCAGCCAGGAGCCAACUCUUAUACCCAUGAAAUGGUGUUAAAGUCCCAGUCCUACCAGCAAAUGUUACAUGCAGCUCAAGCCCCAUCUGGCUGGGACAGUCUCCAGACCCUAAAAAAAUAAAAAUAAAAAUAAAAAAUACAUGAAAAAUACAUGUAAAAACAAAAAAACCUGUGAAUUCCUGUACUUCACAUUUUUAUUUCCUCGUAUUUCACAUGUAAAUAAAAUAAAAUAAAUGAAUAAACAGGUUUUUCUUUAGGUGACACUUUAAUCCCACCACAGUACUG